AAACACAGAAGAAGAUACAAAUCCGCCAUAGAUUUCUUCUUCUUUCUUUCCUUCGACUCUCAGAUUUCUCUUUCUCGAGCUCUCUAAUUCUUCACUCUUUCUCGAUCUGUCUUACCGUUCGUCGGUUUACAGCUCCUCGCCGAUAUAUUUCAAUUGUCCGGGGUUUUUGUUGAUUCGGAGGGAGUGUGAGGAGUGGAAGGGUGGAAUUUGUUGCAGCAUGAGCAUUGCUAGCCCCGGGAGAGGGGACAGCUAGGGUUUGCAGUGGAGACUGGGGAGGAACUGGUGGGAAUUUCCAUGGGCGAUGGAGGAGUUGCUUGCAUGCCUUUGCAGCAGAAUCAGCAUCAGCAUCAGCAUCAGCAUCAGCAUAUCAUGGAGAGGUUUCCAGUUGCAGAGAAGACGCUUUGUGGAGGCAGCAGCAAUGGGGUUAGCUCAAAACCUGGUAAGCUUGAAGACACACAGCAGCAACAACAACAACAGCAGCAGCAGCAGCCGCGAAAGAAGAAGAAAAUGGUGAAGGUUAAGAAAGUGAUUGUGGUUAAGAAGAAGGUGGAUAAGAGCGAGUUCAAGAGUGGAUUUGGAGUGAAAGAGAAGGGUGAAUUGGGAUUGAAAAGCAGCAAGGAGGUUGAAAAUGGUGAGAAUUCUGUACAGAAGGAGGAAGUAGAGGAAGGUGAAUUGGGCACGUUGAAGUGGCCAAGGGAAGUGGAGAGUGGUGACUUUGUGCCUGAGAAGAUACAGAGAAGUGAAAUCAACAAGGAGGAUAUUGUUGGGGAGAAAUGGAGGAAAGAGGAAAUGGACAAGGGGCAAAUUAUUUCUGGGAGAAAAGUAGAGGUAGAGAAUGGGGAGUGUAUUUCUGUGAGACAAGGAGAGGUAGAGAAUGGGGAGAUUGUUUCUGUUAGAAAAGAGGAUGUAGAAAGGGGGGAGGUUGUAUCUGGCCGAAAAAAGGAGGUGAAGGGGGAGAUUUUCACAGGGAAAUGGCACAAAGGGGAUGUGGAAAAGGGUGAGAUAGUUGUGGAUAAGGGUAGGAAAGCUGAAGCUGAAAGGGGAGAACUUGGGUCAUUGCGAGGGGCCAAGGAUGAAGUUGAAAAAGGGGAGUUUAUUCCGGAUAGAUGGCAUAAAGGCGAAGUUGUGAAGGAUGAUUACAGUUUUAGUAAAUCACGCAAGUAUGAGCUAGGGAAGGAGAAAAGUUGGAAAUAUGAGCAGGAGCUUACACCACCUUCUGGCAAGUAUUCAACUGAUGAUGUUUAUCACAGGAAGGAAUCCAGUAGAAGUGGGUCUCAGAAUGGCAAAAGUUCUUCCAGAUUGGAGGGUAGCCAUGAGAGGGCUUUGAGGAUAAGUUCGAAGAUUGUGGAUGAGGAAGGCUUGUUUAAGAGUGAUCAUGGCAAUGGAAAGAACCAUGGAAGAGAAUACACUUCUUCUGGCAACAGGUUGAAGCGGCAUGGUAAUGAUUCAGAUAGCACCGAGCGCAAGCACUAUGGUGAGUGGGGGGAUUAUGCAAGUGCAAAAAGUAGGAGGCUUUCCGAUGAUGGGAGUCGAGCUUCUCACUCUGAGCAUCAUUCAGGUCGAUCUGUUGAAAGGUUCUACAGAAAUUCUUCAUCAUCAAGAGUAUCUUCAUUGGACAAGUACUUGUCCCGACACCAUGAACCUUCUUUGUCUUCUAGAGUUGUUUAUGACAAGCAUGGGCGUAGUCCUGGAUAUUCUGAGUGGUCCCCACAUGAUAGGAUUAGGAAUUAUGAUCACAGGGAUAGGAGCCCCAGCCGUCGUGAAAGAUCCCCUUAUGUUCGUGAGAAAUCCCCACAUGCUCGUGAGAAAUCCCCACAUGCUCGUGAGAGAUCCCCUUAUGCUCGGGAGAGAUCAGCAUAUGCUCGUGAGAGAUCCCCCUAUGAUCGGUGUCGCAACUAUGAUUAUAGAAACAGAAGUCCCAUCAAUGCUGAACUGUCCCCCAAGGAUCGAGCUCGAUUUCAUGAUCGCAGGGACAGGACUCCUAGUUGUUUGGAGCGGUCCCCACAUGAUCGGACUAGGUCUCAUAAUUACAGGGAUAGGGGCAGGAAAAGUGCAGCAAAUGAGAAGCUAACCUCUCUUGAUAGUAAUGAAGGUCAAGAAGAUAAGGUUAGCCAAAGGGAGCAUAAUGGAAGAGACUCACAUUCAACGGCUAAAGAAUCUCAAGAAAAGACCAUUCUACAGAACUCUAAUGGUUCAGAUGAGAAAAAUGUCAUAUGCGAGUCUCACAAAGAAGAACAGUCACAGAACCUCAGUGCAAAUGGCAUAGAAUCUUGUAAUGUUGAUGAAGCACCUCCUGAAGAGUUGCAAUCAAUGGAGGAAGAUAUGGAUAUAAGCAACACACCACCCCAUACCCCUAUUGUGGCUGAUUCAUCCAUAGGGAAAUGGAUUUACCUUGAUCAUUUUGGUGUUGAACGUGGGCCUUCUAAACUAUGUGACCUUAAGGCACUUGUGGAAGAAGGGGUUCUAUAUUCAGAUCACUUCAUCAAGCACAUGGACAGUGAUAGGUGGAUAACUGUUGAGAAUGCCACUUCACCACUGGUGACAGUGAGUUUGCCAUCCAUUCUUUCUGACACUAUAACGCAGCUGGUGGAUCCUCCUGGAAACUUGCUGGCAGAUACUGGAGAUCCAGUGCAAUUGGCCAUUCAGAGUGGUGAUGAAAAGCAGAAGAGCCACCUGGAUCAUGGUGCAGCUGUACCUGAUGCUUCAGAAAAUCUCCACAUUGAUGAAAGGGUUGGAGAUCUGUUGGGGGGUUUCCCAGUCAUACCUGGCAGGGAGCUUGAGACCGUUGGUGAAGCUUUGCAAAUGACCUUUGAUAGUGUGCAAUGGGAGGAAUGGUUUUACUCUCAAGGUUUCAAUGGACUUCUGGAUCCUACUCAUGAUCAUUUCGAUGAUUCUGACAUGAAGUUGAAGGAAGGUGUGGAAUUCAGGUUUGAUUCAACCUCUGACAGUCUUACCAAUUCUGACUCUAGUGAUUGGUUUUCUGGCCGAUGGUCAUGCAAGGGUGGGGAUUGGAUGAGGAACGAUGAGGCUUCCCAGGAUAGACCUUCCAGGAAAAAACUUGUUCUUAAUGAUGGUUUCCCUUUAUGCCAGAUGCCAAAGUCUGGGUAUGAGGAUCCUCGCUGGCUUAGGAAGGAUGAUCUGUACUAUCCUUCUCACAGCAGAAAGCUUGACCUCCCUCCUUGGGCCUUUUCCACCACAGAUGACCGAAGUGAUGGCAACAGCAUAAGCAGAUUAGGUCAAAUUAAGCCUGCUGUUGUAAGAGGAAUGAAGGGGACCAUGCGUUCUGUUGUCAGGAUUAAUGCGUGUGUGGUUCAGGACCAUGGUUCAUUAGUAUCUGAGCCCAGAACAAAAAUUCGAACUAAGGAGAGGUACUCUUCAAGAUCUAGUCGGUCGCAUUCUACAGCUAGUGAUACUAACAGAUCAUCUGUUGAAAGUGAUUCGCUAUUGAAAAGUGUUAGUGACCGAGACUUGCGGACUUCUUGGAAUGGCAUUGCAUCUAUUAAGACUCCCAAGGACCAUGUUUGUAGAGUUGAUGACUUGCAGUUGCACUUAGGUGAAUGGUACUACCUUGAUGGUGCUGGGCAUGAACAAGGGCCUUUAUCAUUUUCUGAACUACAGGCGAUGGUGGAUCAAGGUGCUAUCCAAAAAAAUAGCAGCAUUUUCAGGAAAUUUGAUAAAGUUUGGGUUCCAGUUAUGUCUGCUGCAGAGAAUUCUGUAACUGCUGUGAAGAGCCAGAAGGAGAUUGUGGACUCUUCAGAACUGCAUGUUUCUGAAUCUCAUUCUGCUACUUUUAGUCGAAGCAAUGCAAAGUCCUGUUCAUUUCACAACCUUCAUCCACAAUUUAUUGGUUAUACCCGUGGGAAGCUACAUGAAUUGGUAAUGAGAUCAUAUAAGGGUCGGGAAUUUGCUGCAGCCAUAAAUGAGGUUUUAGAUCCAUGGAUAAGUGCAAAACAGCCAAAGAAGGAGAUGGAAAACCACAUUUACAGAAAAUCAGAAGAUUUACGUGCUGGCAAAAGAGCACGGGCGAUGAUUGAUGGAAGUGAAGAAGACAAUGAAAUGGAAGAAGAGCUGUUGUCAACUCAAAAGGAUGAUACUACAUUUGAAGAAUUGUUUGGUGAUGCUACAUAUGAUGAAGAACAUAGUUCAUGUUCUGGAAUUGGGAUGGGGAACUGCGGUUUGUUGGAAGGUCAUCUGCUGGCACGAGUCUUUCAUUUCAUGAGAUCAGACCUGAAAUCCCUUGCUUUUGCUUCGUUAACUUGUAAACGCUGGAGAGCUGCUGUUAGGUAUUAUAAGGGCAUCUCAAGACAGGUUGAUUUAUCUGCUAUGGGUCCUAACUGCACUGACCCCAUCAUCUGGAACAUUAUGAAUGGUUAUAACAAGGAAAAGAUUAAUUCACUGGUUCUCAUUGGUUGCACAAAUAUAACUGCUGACAAGCUUGAAGAGAUUAUUCAGUUGUUUCCUAGUUUGUCUUCAAUAGAUAUUAGAGGUUGUUGCCAGUUUGGGGGAUUGAUCCUCAAACUUCCAAAUUUGAACUGGUUCAAGAGCAAGAGCUCUAAUGGUAUGAAGAACUCAGAGGAGUCAAGUUCUAAAAUAAGGAGUUUGAAACACAUUAGUGAGACAACUUCAUCUGUCUUUAGAAAAGGUCUGGGUGGCAGUAUGGAUGAUUUUGGUGAAUUGAAGCAUUAUUUUGAAAGUGUGGGUAGAAGAGACUCAGCAAACCAAUUAUUCCGUCGAAGCUUGUACAAACGUUCAAAACUAUUUGAUGCCAGACGCUCCUCAUCUAUUUUAUCCAGGGAUGCUCGUAUGAGGCGAUGGGCAAUAAAGAAAUCUGAAAAUGGAUUUAAGCGAUUGGAAGGAUUCUUUGCAUCAAGUCUAAGGGAGAUCAUGAAGGAGAAUACCUUUGACUUUUUUGUGCCAAAGGUUGCAGCAAUUGAGGAAAGAAUGAAAAAUGGUUAUUACAUUAGUCAUGGACUAAAUUCUGUUAAAGAUGACAUUAGCCGAAUGUGUAGAGAUGCCAUAAAAGCAAAGAAGCGGAGUGGUACUGGGAACAUGAAUCUUAUCAUUACACUAUUUAUCGAACUUGCCACACGUUUGGAACAGUGUGCGAAAGUUACUUCGUCUUAUGAAAGAGAUGAGUUGAUGAAGUCUUGGAAAGAUGACUCAACUUCGUUCUCUAACUAUAAGAAGAAGCUUGGUAAAGCUGUUACUGAAAGGAAGUACAUGAACAGGAAUAAUGGCACCUCCUUUGCAAAUGGUGGUUUUGAAUAUGGGGAAUAUGCAUCUGAUAGAGAGAUAAGAAAGCGUUUGUCCAAAUUGAAUAGGAGAUCUCUAAACUCAGAAAGUGAAACAUCUGAUGACCUUGGCCAGUCUUCUGAAGAUGGCAAAAGUGAGAGUGAGAGUACAGACUCAGAGACAGAGAGUGACUUGGACUUCAGUUCAGAAGGUAGAUCUGGGGAGUCAAGAGGAGAUGGAUACUUCACUGUGGAUGAUGGGUUUGAUUCUAUUACUGAUGAUCGUGAAUGGGGGGCUCGCAUGACAAAAUCUAGUUUGGUUCCUCCUGUUACCAGGAAAUAUGAAGUAAUCGAGGAGUAUGUUAUUGUAGCAGAUGAGGAGGAUGUGCAGCGGAAGAUGCGAGUGUCCUUACCUGAGGAUUAUGCUGAGAAACUUAGUGCUCAGAAAACUGGCACUGAGGAGUUUGAUUUGGAACUUCCUGAAGUAAAGGAUUAUAAACCAAGGAAACUUCUGGGAGAUGAGGUCAUAGAACAAGAAGUUUAUGGUAUUGAUCCCUAUACUCAUAACCUUUUUCUUGACUCCAUGCCCGAGGAGUUGGAGUGGUCUUUGCUAGAGAAGCAUUUGUUUGUAGAAGAUGUGCUCCUUCGUACUCUAAAUAAGCAAGUUAGGCACUUCACCGGCACUGGUACUACUCCUAUGAAGUAUCAUUUGCAGCCUGUUAUUGAGGAAAUUAGAAGAGUGGCUGAAGAGGAUUGUGAUAUACGGACCAUGAGAAUGUGUCAAGGUAUUCUAAAAGCAAUGGAGAGUCGUCCUGAUGACAAUUAUGUUGCUUACAGGAAGGGUCUUGGUGUUGUUUGCAAUAAAGAGGGUGGUUUUGGACGAGAUGAUUUUGUUGUGGAGUUUCUGGGAGAGGUUUAUCCUGUUUGGAGGUGGUAUGAGAAGCAAGAUGGGAUUCGGUUGCUGCAGAAGAACAACCAGGAUCCUGCUCCAGAGUUUUACAACAUUAACCUUGAGAGGCCAAAGGGUGAUGCUGAUGGGUUUGAUUUGGUUGUUGUUGAUGCCAUGCAUAAGGCAAACUAUGCAAGUCGAAUAUGUCAUUCUUGCCGUCCUAAUUGUGAAGCCAAGGUUACUGCUGUGGAUGGCCAGUACCAGAUUGGAAUCUAUACAGUGCAUGAAAUUCAAUAUGGUGAGGAGAUCACGUUUGAUUAUAACUCUCUUACAGAGAGUAAAGAAGAAUAUGAAGCAUCUGUCUGUUUGUGUGGUAGUCAAGUUUGCAGGGGCAGUUACUUGAACCUCACUGGGGCAUACCUAAAGGUCUUGAAGGAGUGCCAUGGAGUGCUUGAUCGACAACAAUUAAUGCUUGAAGCUUGUGAAUUAAAUUCUGUGUCUGAAGAAGAUUAUCUUGACUUAGGGAGGGCUGGUUUAGGAAGUUGUCUGCUGGGUGGGUUGCCAGAUUGGUUGGUUGCAUAUUCAGCUCGUCUGGUGAGGUUCAUAAAUUUUGAAAGGACAAAACUCCCGGAGGAAAUUUUAAGGCAUAAUUUAGAAGAGAAAAGGAAAUAUUUUUCUGAUAUAAAUCUUGAGUUUGAGAAGAGUGAUGCUGAGGUUCAGGCUGAGGGUGUCUAUAACCAGAGGCUUCAGAAUCUUGCAGUUACUCUUGAUAAGGUGAGGUAUGUAAUGAGAUGCGUGUUUGAUGACCCCAAAAAGGCUCCACCACCAGUAGAGAGGCUUACUCCAGAAGAAGUAGUGUCCUUCCUCUGGAAAGGAGAGGGAUCACUAGUUGAGGAGCUUCUUCAAUCCAUGGCUCCUCAUGUUGAAGAAGACAGGCUAAAUGAUCUCAAAUCAAAGAUUCAUGCUCAUGACCCCUCAGGUUCUAGUGACAUUCAGAGAGAACUUCAGAAGUCUUUGUUAUGGUUAAGGGAUGAGAUCAGGAAUCUUCCAUGUACAUACAAGUGUCGGCAUGAAGCUGCAGCUGACUUGAUCCAUAUUUAUGCUUACACAAAGUGCUUCUUCAGAGUUUGUGCAUACAAAGCACUAACUUCUCCACCAGUGUACAUCAGUCCACUUGACCUUGGCCCCAAGUAUGCUGAUAAGUUGACUGGUCCUCAAGAGUAUUGCAAGACAUAUGGUGAGAAUUAUUGUCUAGGGCAGCUGAUUUUUUGGUAUAACCAGACAAGUAUUGACCCAGACAAUAGCCUGAUUAGAGCAAGUAGAGGUUGCUUGUCCUUACCUGAGGUUGGUUCCUUCUAUGCCAAGGGUCAGAAACCAUCAAGACAUCUUGUUUACAGUCCAAAGACCUUGAGAUUCAUGCUGUCAAGGAUGGAAAAGCAAUCUCAGAAACCGUGGCCCAAGGAUCGAAUAUGGUCAUUCCAAAACUCUCUAAAUGUUUUUGGCAGUCCAAUGCUAGAUGCUGUCUUGCAUAAAUCUCCACUGGACAGAGACAUGGUGCAAUGGUUGAAGCACAGACCUUCAAUAUUCGAGACCAAGUGGUUCAGGUGACGAAACACUUCAUUUUACAUGGGUUUUGGAAGAGCAGUAGGGAUUAUAUAGCAAUCCACAUUAUCAAAUGUCGAAAGUUUUGGGAUGAUAUGUCAAUUUUUAGUUCCCAGCUGCCCAAUGCCGUGGGAGUUGGUAAUCAAUCAUUCCAAAACACCAUUUUUAUGCUGCUUUCUCCAAGUGUUCUCAUUCUUCUGUACAGUUUUUCAUCCUUGUAUUUGUAAAAUUCAUUGUUUACUUAGGUCAUUGUUUUUGUUUUAAUUAAAUGAAAAGAGAAGAAAAAAAAAA